AUGCCUGCUGAUACCACUCCUGCUCCUCCGGUGAAGGUGGCUUCUACUCGCAUCAUCUGGACACCAGAAAAGGAGACCCUAGUCUUGCAGACUCUCCUUGAACUCCGGCUCGACCGCGACCUGGUUGCAGAGAACGGGUUCAACACCACCGCCUACGUCAAGUGUGCGGCAGUGCUCGUGGGGCAUGGGCAUGCUGCUGGGAAGGAGCAGGUGAAGGCAAAGUGGACCAGGAUCAAGGGUGAUUACAACAUCGUGAAGGAGCUCCGGUCAAAGUCUGGCUUUGGGUGGGAUGAGGAGACCCAGCAGGUCCUUGCUGAGGACAAUGUGUGGCGUGGCAUUCUUGAUCCACUGAUGACGAGCAACCCAAAGCGAUACAACAGGAUGAAGCACUGGCGUGACAACUCAUUCCCUCACUACGAUCUAGUGUCCCAGAUUGUUGGUGACACCCAGGCUGUUGGCGAUAAUGCCUUCUCCUCUGAGUUGGGUGCAGAGGUGGUGGCCCAGCGUAGCCCCUCUCCUUUGGCCGACGAAGAUCAUGGUGAGGAGGGCAAUGAUGAUGAGAAUGAGAUGACUCAGGCACCCCCUCGCCCAGUCACUCCACCCUCUGACCACAGCGAAGACUUCGCUUGA